AUGGCGCAGCAGCGCCGUGUCCAGCUGUCCACGCAGCGCCCCGGCAGCACCGUGUGCGUGCUGGGCACCGAGCUGGCCCUGGACGUGUGCGGCUCGGCUCCGCGGGGUGCUGCGUCCUUCCAGGCACAGGCCACGCCGGGGGUGAGGCUCUGGCUGCUGCACGAGGCUCAGAGCGUGAAGUUGCCCUCGAGCGUCACUCGCUGGCCCCUGGCCCCCGGCCCCGAGCUGCUGCUGGCCAUGGAUGCUCCCAGCAAGGACGUGGGUGACGAGAAGGUCAGGAUUUCCUAUUUUCGUGAGGCUGGUGGUGUUCCUGUGGGCCGGGCAGUGCUCUACCUCACCUGUGUGGAGGUGUCGCUGGACGCUGAUGUCAACCGCAGCGGUGCCGUGAGCCGGACACUGCUGGACAAGGCCAGCUGGACGUGGGGCCCCGAUGGCCACGGGGCCGUGCUGCUCGUGAACUGCGACCGCGAUGACGCUGGCGCCGAGGGCCCAGACAAUGAGGACAGUGCCGUGCGCUCCUACAACGACCUACAGGACAUGGCACAGCUGGUGCUGAGGACGCGUGGGCCUCGCGCCAUCUUCACCGGGCACCGCCUGCUGCUCCAUGUGGAUUACGGCGACGCCGACAAAAUCGGCGUUUUCUAUGGCGGCAGCAGUGGGGAGCUGGAGAAGUUCAGGCACGUCCUGGGGGGCUCCAAGCUGGUCUACAGCGUGCGGCCGAGCCGGCACUGCCACGAGAGUGUCUUCUACCUGGAGGGCCUGGCCUUCCCCGACGUGGCCUUUUCUGGCCUUGUGUCCCUGCACGUCACCCUGCUCGAGAGCCCUGAGAAGGGCCUCCUGGAGUCGCCGAUCUUCACGGACUCUGUGGUUUUCCGCGUGGCUCCCUGGAUCAUGACUCCCAACACGGCGGCACCGCUCGAGGUGUUUGUCUGCAGUGUGGAUGGCAAUGAGGAGUUUGUGGCGGCCGUGGGCGCGCUGGCCAAGCGGGCGCAGUGCCCGCUGACCGUGUGCCCGGCACCGCAGAACCGCCAGGACCGCUGGAUCCAGGAUGAGAUGGAGUUCGGCUACAUCCAAGCUCCCCAUAAAACCUUCCCCGUGGUCUUCGACUCGCCCCGGGACCGUGGCCUGAAGGAUUUUCCUGUCAGGAGCAUCCUGGGCCCUGAUUUUGGCUACGUGGCCAGGCAGGCUCCAGAGGGCACUUCCAGCUUGGAUUCCUUUGGGAAUUUGGAGGUGAGCCCACCUGUGACAGUGCGAGGCAAGGAGUACCCCUUGGGGCGCAUCCUGAUCGGCAGCAGCUUCCCCAGGCUCGGUGGCCGCAGGAUGGCCAAGGCCGUGCGGGAUUUCCUGGUGGCCCAGAAGGUGCAGGCACCUGUGGAGCUCUUCUCGGACUGGCUCGAAGUUGGGCACGUGGAUGAGUUCCUGAGCUUUGUCCCCGCGCCCGACCGCAAGGGAUUCCGGCUGCUCCUGGCCAGCCCCAGCACCUGCUACCAGCUGCUCAAGGAGAAGCAGGAGGAGGGGUUCGGCGAGGCUGUGAUGUUCCAGGGGCUGGACAGGGUGCCCAAGCCGACCAUCAACGAGAUCCUGGCUAAUGAGGAGCUCCGGAAAUUCAAUGACUAUGCUCAGAGCUGCAUCAGCUGGAACCGGGACGUCCUGAAGCGCGCGCUGGGCCUGGCCGAGCCGGACAUCCUGGACAUCCCGCAGCUCUUCCAGGGUGACUCCACCUCGGGGGGCCAGGCCUUUUUCCCAGACAUGGUGAACAUGCUGGUGCUGGGCCGGCACCUGGGCAUCCCCAAGCCCUUCGGGCCCGUGGUGGGCGGGCGCUGCUGCCUGGAGCAGCGCGUGCGGGAGCUGCUGGAGCCGCUGGGUCUCUCCUGUACCUUCAUCGACGACUUCUUCUCCUACCACGUCCUGUCGGGGGAUGUGCACUGUGGCACCAACGUGCGCCGCAAGCCCUUUGCCUUCAAGUGGUGGCACGUGGUGCCCUGA